CCGUUUAUCUUUCACACAAGCUGAGAUGCAGUUUGAAAAAUUUGUUCAUCAAACUGGGUUGUUCAGCUCGGGACUUGAGGUUAUGGUGUCCAGGGAUUGGAUGAACUAUAAUACUGUAGCCCUGAUCAAUGUUAAACAAUUGACCCAGAUUGCCAACGAUAGUUUAUGCUCUGAUCAAAACUUGUUUGAUCGGUGUAAAGAGAAAUAUCUUCUUGGUGUUGUAAAUGAUACUAUAGGUUGCACCCCCAGGAAUUCAAGUAUUUACGCCGGAUGCAAUAGUUUAGAAGUGAAACUGAAGUCCUAUGUAGAGUUUGGAAAAGCUACAAAUGAUGAUUUUAAGACUGGAGAAGAUACAUGUCUUCUUCCCUGCACAAUCAGCCUCAUUCAGCUCAGCCUAUUUUCUCAAAGGAAACCAAAAUCUGCCUGGGGUCCGAAGAAUUUAAUUCUAAGAAUCCCGAGGAAAAUUAUGACUAUCAGGAGUGGAUUUAUCUACACAGUUUGGGAGUUUGCAGCAGAGUUUGGGGGUUGGAUUGGAGUAUUUCUAGGAAAUGGAGUAUUUCAAAAACAAUUUUAUUAAUAAUCAAAGCUUUAGUAACUUUAUUCUUAAACUAGCUUGGGAACCUAGCAUUGUCUGGAAACUAUGGUAUUCCCAUAAACAGUUUCCUACUCAACUAAGAUUCGUUUUCAAAUUCAUAUUUGGCAUAAAAAUAUCUCAUCUUUACUGCGAGACAUGUUACAGUGGUUCCUAAAAUACUUUAGAUUCGUAGGCUUACUAUACAGGGUUACCCACAAAGAAUGAGAUUUUAUAGUCAACCAAAAAAUCUUUAGUUACAGAGAUUUAAAUGUUAAAUUAGAGUUUCCGCCUUACAUGCAGUCUUUUAAAGAUAUAUUAGAAGAUUUAAUAAAAAAUUAUGUUUGCAUUUCCCGAUUUGUCUCUGAAGUCUCAUCCUUUGUGGGUAACCCUAUAUAUUGUUUUUUAAAUAUUCCAUAAUCUGUGAUCACACGAAUCCAUUUACCUUAAAAAGUUAAUUUUAGUAAAAGUUGAUUUUGAAAUACGCCAAUUCUUCUUUUUCAAGGAUACAGCAGUCUAGAUCUAUUGGAGGCGUUCCUGCAAUUAUCUACUUUUUUAUCACAGAUAAUUUAUCAAUUUUGAUCAAUAUUUUAGAUCAAUUGUUCCUGCAAUUAUCUACCAAUUAUUACAGAUCAUUUAUCAAUUUUGAUCAAUAUUUUAGAUCAAUUGUUUCUGCAAUAUCUACCUAUUUAUCACAGAUCAUUUAUCAAUUUUAAUAAAUAUUUUAGAUCAAUUGUUCUUGCAACUAUCUACCAAUUUAUCACAGAUCUUUUAUCAAUUUUGAUCAAUAUUUUAGAUCAAUUGUUCUUGCAACUAUCUACCAAUUUAUCACAGAUCUUUUAUCAAUUUUAAUAUAUAUUUUAGAUCAAUUGUUCCUGCAAUUAUCUACUUUCUAUCACAGAUCAUUUAUCAAUUUUGAUAAAUUCUAUAGAUCAAUUGUUCCUGCAAUUAUCUACCUGUUAUUCACAGAUCAUUUUAUCAAUUUUGAUAAAUAUUUUAGAUCAAUUGUUCCUGCAAUUAUCUACUUUCUAUCACAGAUCAUUUAUCAAUUUUGAUAAAUUCUAUAGAUCAAUUGUUCCUGCAAUUAUCUACCUGUUAUUCACAGAUCAUUUUAUCAAUUUUGAUAAAUAUUUUAGAUCAAUUGUUCCUGCAAUUAUCUACUUUCUAUCACAGAUCAUUUAUCAAUUUUGAUAAAUUCUAUAGAUCAAUUGUUCCUGCAAUUAUCUACCUGUUAUUCACAGAUCAUUUUAUCAAUUUUGAUAAAUAUUUUAGAUCAAUUGUUCCUGCAAUUAUCUACUUUCUAUCACAGAUCAUUUAUCAAUUUUGAUAAAUUCUAUAGAUCAAUUGUUUCUGCAAUUAUCUACCUGUUAUUCACAGAUCUUUUAUCAAUUUUGAUAAAUAUUUUAGAUCAAUUUUUCCUGCAAUUAUCUACCUAUUUAUCACAGAUCAUUUAUCAAUUUUGUUCAAUAUUUUAGAUAAAUUGUUCCUGCAAUUAUCUACCUAUUUAAUACUUUAAACUUGUAAAACCACACACCAAGUAUUGAAACAAUCCCUUUAAACAUUUAAUACCACACACCAAGAAUUGAAACAAUCCCUUUAAACAUUUAAUACCACACACCAAAUAUUGAAUUAUGUUGUAUAUGGGUUUUGUCUAAUUAUCA